AUGGAUAAUUUUGAAGAAAAUGUGGUGGUUGCUUUGUAUUGGGGUGGUGAAAUAAUUUCUGAAAUGAGCAGAUUUAGAUACAGCGAAGGUGCUAGAAUGAUUGUUAGCAUGUCUAUUUCAACUAGCGACGUUGAACUAGUGUCAACGUUGCAUGAAAAAAUAAGGAAUAACAGUGAAAAUAUUCAAAUGUAUAUUUCUGAAAAAUAUCCAUGCUCAUUUCAAGGUAACAUUACAAGGUUUAUUGAAUUUAAAAUAGAGAAUGACCAGUCUUUGCUACAAUUUCUUGUCAUUCCUCAAAAAAUUUCGAAUAAAAUUGAUAUAAAUCUUUUGGAGAUGUAUGUAAAGACUAGACCAACAAAUCAUGAUAAUCUAUUUCAAAUGAAUGGUCAGCAUGGUGAUCAUAUGAAUUUAUUAGCUCAAAAUUAUGGAUUUGCCAUGCUCAGCCAUCCUCAUUUUGCAUAUACUACAACCCCUAGUAUCCAUCAAUCACUUGAUGGAAGCCCAAACGAACAUGAGUAUCAAUCAUAUGAUGAAGGAUUAAGUAGUCAAGGACACAUUGAAAGUGGCCAUAGACAAUAUGAGAUCAGAGAAGAUGAGGAUAACUUUGAUUUGUGUAAUGAUGCACAUGCUCAAAUUUGUGAUGAAAGUUCGGAUGAAGAUGAACCUUCAGAAGAUGAUGGAGAAAGUGAAACCUUAGAAAGUGAAUCUAAUGAAGAUACCAAUAAUAGUGAAGAUUUACCUCAAAAUGAUAUUGGUGUAAAUCUUCAUAAUCAAUUUGGUCAAAGUGUGUCUGAAAUACAAAAUCAUGAUAUACCCUACUUUACAACAUUAGAGAAUGAAGAAGAUAUUUUUAUCUCUACCCUUGAAUCUGAGAUGAAUUGUUGUUCUGUUUGGUCUGACGAUGACAAAAAAGAUUUAAAAAAAGAAGUGUGUUUUAGCAGCAAAGAUAGAUUGAAACGGGUUGUGACAAUUUGGAGUUUGCGCAAAAAUAAAGAAUUCAUAGUUGUAACAUCAAGGAGGAAACUAUGGAUUGUCAGAUGCAGGUUUCACGAAUCAUUAGGUUGUCGAUGGUUUCUUCGAGGCCGAAAGAUUGGAGGUAGCCUUUGGAAGAUAGCAAAGUAUUUUGAUAAUCAUAGAUGUGAGACUGAAGGGCUUACUACAGGUCACGCUAACCUAGAUACCAAUUUAAUUGCAUCUUUGUUUCUAAAUCAAAUACGUAAAAUUCUCAAAUUGUUGGUAGUAGAUGUCAUUUCUAAGAAAUCAUUUAGUGAGCUUCCUAAGUUUUUUGCAGCUUUUCAACACUUUAACCAUGGAACAAUUGUAGAAUGGAAACACGAAGAGUCAAUGAGUUUGUUAGAGGUAAAAACGUUUAAAUUUGUAUUUUGGGCUUUCAAGCCAUGCAUUGAUGGAUUCCGAUCUUGUUGUCCAGUUAUUUCAGUAGAUGGAACCCAUUUGUAUGGUAAAUAUGAGAUAAAAUUAUUAAUUGAUGUUGGAAUUGAUGGAAAUGAUAACGUUCUUCCUCUAGCAUUUGCUAUUGUUGAUAGGGAAUCGAAAGAGGCAUGGAAGUGGUUUUUUAGAAAACUAAGCGCACAUGAGCCUCGGGCGUUUCAUCGAUUUUGCGUAAGACAUCUUAAGAGUAACUUUCAAUCUUAUUUUCCAAACAGAAAUCUCAGUGAUCUGAUGUGGAAUGCUGCAUCGGCUCAUCAAGUAAGGAAGUUCGAAGCUUUGAUGUGGGAAAUUAGGGAAGAAAAUGAAGAAACAUAUGAAUAUCUCAUGCAAUUUCCAUUGAACAAAUGGACGAUUAGCCAUGAUGAUGGAAAAAGAUGGGGAGUGUUGACAACAAAUCUUUCAGAGUCUUUCAACGGCCUUCUAAAGAAAGCUCGAGAAUUGUCUGCCACUGCCAUGGUGAGACUUUCAUUGGAGCAAAUAGUUGAACGAUCUAUUCAAGUUGAUGGUACUGGUGGUAAUCCUCAUCGUGUUUCACUAAAUGAUAAAAAAUAUGAUUGUGGAAAAUGGGCUAAUUUGCACUUUUCGUGUUCACAUGUCAUGAAGGUUACUGAAAAAAUGGGAGGGCUAGCUAGAAAUUUCGUUAGCGAGCAUUUCACAACAGAGAAUUAUGUUGCUGCAUAUUCCGGGUCAUUCUCACCGGUUGGGCACGAGACAUAUUGGCCAUCUCCAAGUUUUAUAGUGAGAAGUAAUGAAUUCUAUCCUCGUCCUAAUCGACAAAGGACAACUAGAGUACCUAAUGAGAUGGAUCGUGGUCCUGCAGUAUAUAGGCGAGCUUGCGGGUUGUGUAGACAGACUGGACAUGAUAGGCGCCGAUGUCCAACUCGUAAUCAAACUUAA